GUUUUAUUUGAGUAUUUUUUAUUCACCAAUUAUCGUUUGUUUACUCACUGAUCAACUAGUUUUACCAAAUAUUUAUCAGUACAUCAUGGCUUCCAAAGUGAGUUUAGCAGAUUUAAUAAUUUUGUACUUAGUUUGAAUUUAUUUCUCGGGUGCUUGAAACGCUUUUCCAUCAUUUAAACUUGGCUAUUUUUAACGCGUAUUACUUUGAAUGAUACUGCAAGAAUUUUUAAAUGAAGUUUGGAAAGCUAAAACAAAUUUCAUCAAAAAAGAAAGUCUUUGUAUUGUCUUUAAUACUUCUGUUUGUAUACGUGUGCAAAGAAAUUCCCAAUUCACCUUUGACAAGUCUUUUUUGGGAUCGACGUUCUUUAAUCACGUUGGCUGAAGGACGGAACGAUCUACGCCUCAAUCAAGCCUUAAACUAUUGGAAAAAUGUAGAUAGGAACAUCAGUAUUAAUUAUUAUAAAAAGAUAACAGAUGCAAGUGAGAUCACCCUUGUUAUAAAUAUAAUAACGACAAAAAGAAUGGUUGGAUCGAGGAAGGCCGGAUACUUAACCCAAGUUGCUGCUAAGGCGGACAAGCUUGCCAAAAAAAUAAAAGGAGUCUACUUAAAUGUUUGUAACGUUCACCCAGGUCCGGGAGAUCAUACAGAAGCAACGUAUUUGCAAGAAUAUCUACCCUUUAUUAAACGCUUUCAUUUGAACAACGCUCAUCAUAGCAUUCUGGAAAAUUUUGAGCGAGAAAAGGACGACUAUGUCUAUUGUAUGAAAGAAAUAUCGAAAAAGUUGCAAACUGAUUCUCCUAUUCUAAUGCUGGAAGACGACGGUUUACCGCACGAUCAGUUAAUUGAAGUUAGUCAAAGAAUACUUGAAUCGAAUUGGCAAUUCGAUUAUGCAAAGUUGUUUGCGAAGAGUGAGUGGAAUGGAUUCGGAAUGAAUAUUAAAUCGUUAGUUGAGCUAUUAGCAAUGUGUUCAAUUUCGAUCUAUUUGAUAGGAAGACGUCGUAUUCUAUUAACGUCUAUUAUAACGAUUAUUAUGGCAUUGGUUCUAUCUCGUCAAUUCCUUAGUCAAUGGCGACGUAUUUCAAUAUCGCUUUAUACCCGUGUUCCAGCUCCCGACUACGGAACUGUAGCUGUACUUUACCGAAAGCCAGUCGUUGAUUUAAUUGGCAAACAAUUCAGCAACGUCAAAUGCUCCAUUCAUUUCCCUCUAGAUGUUGCUCUUGCAAAUUUCCUAAAUUCCUUUAACUUACUUGGCCUACUCGUCCAACCAAAUCUUGCUUAUCAUAUCGGCCUUUAUUCCAGUAUAAAAGCUGUUGGAUCAUGGCCAGUUGACAUUGCUUUUGCACCAUCGUAUAUUUAA